CCCUCUCACCCUUUCUUUGAAGAGACCUCCCAUCUCUCAAACUAGCCAUCAUGGGUUUCGUUGUCGACCGGCUGAAGGGUCGCAAGACCAACCACAUCGUGGAAGACCUCCGCCCUGUGGAGGAUUCCAGUGAGCCAAAUGCGGAAGCCCCCGCCGACAACCUCGAUCGCGCGGAGAAGGAGGCUCAACAGCAUCCCGAAGAGGUCUCCACGACCGCCCCCAUUGGUGUGCAGAAGGCAGAGGCUGCUGCCCUUGUGUGGAGUAAGAAGGCUACAUAUCUCACUUACGGAUGGAUCUGGAUCUGCUACUUCAUGCUUGCGCUUCACGAAUACAUCAACACCAACGUCUACUUCUAUGCCUAUUCGAACUUCUCCAGCGCAUCCCAGGUCACUACCGCCGCUAUCCUUGCGACCAUCAUUGGUGGAGUGCUUAAGCUGCCUAUCGGAAAACUGCUUGGAAUCUGGGGACGUGCGGAAGGUCUGAUCAUUUUCGUCGCCGUCUACGUCCUAGGUCUGAUCAUCCUCGCCUCGUGCAAUGGACCCAACGCAUAUGCUGCCGGUUACGUUUUCUACUGGAUCGGUUACGAUGCCAUUUACCUCAUUCUCGAGAUCUUCAUCGCAGAUACCUCAGGCCUGCGCAAUCGUGCCUUCGCCUUUGGUUUUUCCACCACGCCUUUCAUCUGCUGUGCCUUCACCGGAUCUCUGGCUGCGAACUCCUUCCUGAAGACCGGUGGCUGGCGCUGGGCCUAUGGUGCUUUUGCGAUCAUCCAGCCGUUUGUGUUCGCGCCCCUGAUUUGCGUCUUCAAGUACUAUGAACGCAAGGCCUACAAGCAGGGCAUUCUGGUCCGCCAGGAGAGCGGUCGGACUGCGCUGCAGUCAUUCAUCCACUAUGUCCACGAGUUCGAUGUCAUCGGCGCCAUCAUUCUCAUGGCCGCUUUCGUCCUCUUCCUCCUCCCCUUCAGCUUAGCCAGCUACGGUCGGACCCAGUACAAGGAUGCCGCCUUCAUCGCGGAAGUCGUCGUCGGGUUCUUCCUCUUCUUCGUCUUCGCCGCGUGGGAGAAAUGGUUCGCGCGCGUGCACUUCAUCCCCUACGAGCUCCUCCGCGACCGCACCGUGCUGGGCUCGUGCCUGCUCGCGGCAGUCCUCUACUUCAGCUUCUACUGCUGGGACAGCUACUUCUACUACUUCGUGAUGGUGGUGUACAACCUCAGCGUGACCAAGACCGGGUACAUGACGUCGAUCUACACGGUCGGAUCGUGCGUGUGGUCCCCGAUCUUCGGGUUCUGGAUCCGCAUGGUGCGAGAAUUCAAGUACUCGUGUCUGUUCUUCGCGGUGCCGCUGAUGUUCCUGGGCGCUGGUCUGAUGAUCCACUUCCGUGGCUCGGACGGGGAUAUCGGCUACGUGAUUAUGUGCCAGAUCUUCAUUGCGUUCUCCGGUGGUAUGCUGGUCAUCAGUCAGCAGAUGGCGGUGAUGUGUGCGUCCGACCGUGAUGGUAUCCCCAUCAUGCUGUCCAUGCUGGGUCUGUUCAACAGUAUCGGUGGUGCGAUCGGUUACGCUGUUGCUGCUGCUAUCUACACCAACACCUUCUCCCAGGGUCUGCGCAAGGCGCUUCCCGAGGCUGAUCAGGAUCUGUGGGAGAGUCUGUAUGCCGGUGGCUACCUUACCCAGAUGAAGUAUGAACCUGGUUCGGCCGUCCGUGAUGCCGUCAACUAUGCUUGGGGUUACACCCAGAAGUAUGAGGCUAUUGCCGCUACUUGUAUCCUGGUUCUGAUGAUUCCUGCUGUUGGUAUGUGGAGACACUACAGUGUUGACAAGAAGCAGAACAAGGGUACGAUGAUGUAAGGGGUUGGUGGAGAUAUUUAAAAAGGUUAGAAUGAGGAUGGAAGAUUUGGAAGAGCGGAUAAUGUUUACUUUAAUAACGGUCUUUUGAUGAUAUCAUAAUAUACAUAGACGAAUUUAAUGAUCAGGGCUGCAGGUCUGGUGUC